AUGUAUAAUUCAAGAAAGGGGUCUAAGACGUCUCGCUUGAGGGGGAUCGAUGAGUUUCUAUCCAUUGAGAGUCAACCUGCCGAACAGGAAGAGGAACAAGGAGCUGAGCCCGUUCCAGUGGAAGAACAACGAGCGGUUGAUCCUCCUAUGACAAGAGCAGCGGGGAAAAGAAAACUUUCUGCUGAUGAAGCUGGCCAGUAUGAUAAGCAGAUCCGUCGAAAGUUGUUGGUGGAUUCUCCCCCUAGAGGCCAACAAAAAUCCAAGUUGAUGGCUGAGGCCAUUAAAGCUGCUAAAGAUGACGAACCGCAGGAAUCAUCUGUGGCUGGCCUGCCGCAUAGAGCGGGACUUCGUUCUCAUGGUCCAGCUCUGUCGGGCGAAGGUUCACCUACUCCCGGGACUACUUCAGCUGCUCCUUUAGAGCAAGAACCUGCGCAAGUGUCGGCUCCUUUAGAAGAGCAACAUUUACCUGGUUCUCCUACGGCGACUGUUCCGCCUGUAGCGUUGCCUGAAGCUACUGCCGCUACUCCUCCUCCGGAACAACAGCUCAUGCAGGUAUCAGCCCCUAUGCAAGAGCAGUGA